GUCACUGAUGUAAACAUAAAUAAAUCUUGACGUAUUUUGCUUGCCGGCAAAAGUUCUUUUUGAGAAAAAGUGUCUAGAGAGUCUAUGUGGAAGUGAAAAUGUCACGCCAAGACGCGUGUUAUAUAGCACUGCUUGGAUUAGCAGAGUAUUUUCGCACCUCAAACCCGCCAAAUAUUAAAAAAUGCAUUCAGUGUCUACAAGCACUUUUCACUUUCCAACCCCCGUCGAAGGUUGAGGCUCGGACUCACUUUCAAAUGGGCCAGAUUUUGAUGGCAUACACGAAAAAUAUCGAUUUGGCCAGAAAUCAUUUAGAAAAUGCCUGGCGUCUUUCUGAAAAUUUAGUGAAUUUCGAUGAUGUUAAAUUCGAUACAGCAAGUCUUCUGGCACAAUUAUAUCUUCAACAAGAUCAAGGUGCCCUAGCGAAAGCAAUGCUUCGAAAGGCCAUUGAACUUUCGCAAAACAAUGUUUAUUGGCACUGCAAAUUGCUCCUUCAAUUGGCCCAAAUACAUGCCACCGAUCGUGAAUAUAGCCUUGCUUCUGAACUUCUUGCAGUGGGCGUAGAGUCAACGGAAGAAUGCAAUGCAAUUUAUUUGAAAGUGUUAUUUUUACUUAGUCGUGCUAUGAUUCUUAUGAUUGAGAGGAAGACAAACGAUGUGUUAGCAUUGUUAAAUCAAGCUGGGUCAAUUAUUGACAACAAUAUCGCCAACGUUCAUCAGAAGGAAUACUUGAAAGUAUUCUUUUUAGUAUUGCAAGUCUGCUAUUACCUAGCUCUGGGACAAGUAAAAACUGUUAAACCUAGUCUGAAGCAGUUGCAACAGAGCAUUCAAACUAUUAUGUCCCCAAACUGGCCGAACGAUGAUGUAAUAUUUGGGCAGAAUACACUGGAAAUGUUCAUGUGGCUUCCAAAGGAGCAGCUGUACGUCCUGGUUUAUCUCGUCACUGUAUCGCAUUCUAUGAUGGCAGGGUACAUGGAUAAGGCCCAAAAGUAUACAGAAAAAGCACUAGCACAAAUUGACAAGCUGAAGGCCCAAGACAACAAACCAAUCCUUUCUGUCUUCAAAAUAAUCCUCUUGGAACAUAUCGUAAUGUGCCGCUUGGUAAUGGGUAAUCGGGAGCAAGCUAUAAUGGAAAUCGCGACUGCACGAGAUGUUUGUUUGGCAAUGCCAAACAAGACGCUAUUAAAACGACAUUCAGCUCAACUGCACUGCUUGUUGGCUCUGUAUGCAAUGUCCACGAGUAUUUUCGAUUAUGCUGAACAUCAGUUUAUUGCUUGCAUCAACGAGACCACCGAACGAGAUUUGAAACUUUUCGCUUAUCUUAAUCUGGCCAUUAUAUAUUUAAGGACAAAAAGAGAACCAGAUUUGCGGCAAAUCUUAGACACGGUUUCGGCAGAAAAUGCACAAUGCUUAAACAGUCAAGCAUUAAUGGGAGGAUUUUAUUAUGUGCAAGGAUUGAAUUCUUUCCAUAAAAGCAGCUUUCAUGAAGCAAAACGAUUUCUUCGUGAAACGUUGAAGAUGGCGAACGCUGAAGAUUUGAAUCGUUUGACUUCAUGUUCGUUGGUGUUGCUAAGUCACGUUUUUCUAAGUAUCGGCAAUUCAAAAGAAAGCAUGAAUAUGGUUACCCCAGCAAUGCAGCUGGCCUCUAAAAUCCCAGAUAUUCAUGUGCAAUUGUGGGGCAGCGCUAUUUUGAAAGAUCUGCAUCGUAUGUCAAAGGACGUUCAACGUGAAAAAGAAUCAUAUGCAAAUCACGUGAAAUAUUCGGAAGCGCUUUUAGCAGACCAGAGAAAAUGCAGUACCCUCCCGCAACACGCAUUAUUACAAUGGCUCUCGGGUGAUCCAAUAAUAACUGGUGAAGUUGUUUCGAAUGUUGUAGCAACCCCACAGCCUUCGACAUCUGCACAGUUUCAGCAAUUUUAACGACUUUUACAAAAUAAACAUGUAUGAUUAUAGUUUAAUCAAAUACAUUUGGUGGAAAAUUCA